AUGGCUACAGCCUUUCUGCUCGGAUUACUUCUAUGGGCUGUCCCCGUACAACUGGCUAGUACCUGCCUCCGCUGCUGGCCAGAUGCUGCUGCAUAUUUUAUUUACGAUGCUAACUUGCUGCUGCAAAAGGAUUCAGCUGCCUCUGAUCAUCUGGGGACGCUUUUCCUGGGAAAUGUUAAAGAGCUUGCUUCGUAUGGCAGUGGAUAUUUGGAACGAGAACAUAUGGAACGGGAGGCUGGCAAUCUCUUUCAUCAUCUCGAACUAAUUAUACAGAAAAAUAAAAAAAAUCAUGAAGUCCUGAUGAAGGAGGCAGAAUUGGAAAAAGCAGACUUUAUUAAACGUUUGGAAGAAGCAUCUAAUCUUUUUGUGAAGGAAAUCUGCAGUUUUUCCUGUGGCCAAUCGCGGUUUCGACCUUAUGAAGUGGUGCAGUGCAGCAACUGCCAAAUUCUCAAGGCUUCCUGCUAUGACCUCAGAAUAUGCGCAGGACCCAAUAUUGUUGCAGCCGUGUUGAUAACCCUUACAGUCUUGCUGGGAGUACUGGGAGUUGCAAUAUGGUACUGCUGUCGUAAAAAGGCAUCAGAAGAAACUGAAUCGCAAGAUGAAGAUGACGAUGAUAAAGACAAUGAAGAUGAUGGUAAAGACAGUUCAGAAACUUCAGAAAAAUCAGAAGAGGCUGCCCAAACUUCUCCAGUAGCAGACUACUCAAGCCCCCCUGAAAUCAACAUGCCCAGCCCUCCAAGCCCCCCUGAAAUCAACAUGCCCAGCCCUCCAAGCCCUCCUGAAAUCAACAUGCCCAGCCCUCCAGAAUUCAACAUCCCAAGCCCUCCUAGCUUCUAAUGAUGCCCAAAAUUAAACUGUUUACAGUAGGAAAGAAGUGGGAUUAUUUAUCCUCACAACAGUGUGUAAGUUAUGGUAUUUGAUGUUACAUUUUUUGUGGCAAUCGCUAAGCAAUAUCAUGGUCAUUAAGUAAAGCAAUGAUUUACUGAGCAUGGUUUUGCUGAAAACCAGAACUAAGCACCAGUUUUUGGCAAAGCCAUUGUAAAAGGCAGUCCUGUGGCCAUGAGAGGCCUCAAGCAACCAUAAAUGCAACCCAACUGCCUGAAGUUCAGUCAUGUGACUGCAGGGGUGUGUGGAUAAUGACCAUCAGAACUUCAAAUCCCGAUCAAAGCUUCUGCUUUGUUU